UCUCAACCUCCUACUCAAGAUCAUACUCAACUCCCAAAGCAUCUUUGUAGGAUAUAAAUGAUCCUUUUCUGACUCUUUUCCCUUUCAAACAACCAUCACCGUUUAUACAAGUCAUGGCAUUUAUAGAACGAGACGAUGGGUCUCAGAGUAGGAAUGCACAGUUGAUGUCUCUACUUAACAAAAGAGCUCAAUCACCAUCUGCUGCCACAUUCUUCACACCUUCUCUACCUCUUCUCAAUCAUGAUCAACCUCUAUCAUUAGCUUCGGGAUACUUACCUGCAAGAGCACCAAUCACUGGGGAUCAACCUGCAAAUAAUGCACAUUUGUACUUUGUCUUAGAACGUGCAAGACAUGUAACAACACAAAAGAAGCUCAUCAUCUGGCUAAACGGCGGACCAGGUUGCAGUAGCUUCGAUGGACUCAUGAUGGAAAUUGGCGCAUUCCGACCAGAUAUGAAAGGAGGACUUGAAUGGACAAAAGCUGGCGGCGCUUGGAACGAAUAUGCCGAUGUGAUUUACUUGGAUCAACCAGUCGGUACAGGUUUUUCAUAUGUUGACUCAAAUGGAUAUUCACGCAAUUUGGAUCAAGCUGCAGAUGAAGUGAUUUAUUUUCUAGAUCGUCUGAUAGAGGUUUACCCAGAAUACGCUCGAGGAAAUGGCGUAGACGUUUACAUCGCAGGUGAAAGCUUUGCCGGUCAGUAUAUUCCAUUCACUGCUAAUGCUUUGAUCAAAAGAGGAAAUAGAUCACCUAUUGAUCUCAGGGGUGUUGCAAUCGGAAAUGGUUUCAUCGAUCCGGUUGCUCAAAGUGGCACAGAACUGGAAAUGAUGGUAGAGUCGAAAGUUUGGUCAACAGAUAGCGAAGAUUACAGGGUGAUCAAAAAAGAAGUGGACGAAUGCAAAGAAGCAAUCGCAAGAGGGACAAAUGAUAUGCGUAGCGUUCCAGCUUGCGGAGGAAUUUUGGCUUCGAUCAUCGAAAGAACCAAAGCAAGAACGGUAGGAAGGGAUACAUGUAUCAACAUAUACGAUGUCCGUCUGUCAGAUUCAGCACCUGCUUGCGGUAUGAACUGGCCUCCAACGCUAUCAGCUACGUACGAUUACCUGAAGAGGGAUGACGUACGAAGAGCUUUGCACGUUGAUUCGAUACACAAGCCUGAAGCAUGGGUUGAGUGUAAUCAUCGGGUUGGCAGUGGUAUUGAUAGCGAUAUACGAGGCAAGGCGUCAGUGAUUCAUUUACCUACAAUCUUGGAAGCGGGCGUUCCAGUUUUGCUGUUUGCUGGAGAUCAAGAUUUGAUUUGUAAUCAUAUAGGAGUCGAACGAAUUCCUGAAAGACUCCAAUGGGCUGGUCAAGGAUGGGGAGCGCCAGAAAAGAAGCAAUGGUAUGUGAAUAAUGAACUGGCGGGCUAUUGGCGUUCGAAUAGGAAUAUGACGUACGUCUCAAUCGCAAAAGCAUCCCAUAUGGUUGGUGUGGAUAAGCCAGUAGAAGCUCAUGAUAUGAUGUUACGAUUCAUGGGCGUAGAUCUGAUGGAUGCUGCUGGUCCAAGUGCACGUAUUCCUUCUAGGCUGGAAGGAGAAACGGAUAGAAUAUUAGUCGUCGCAGGAGGGGGUAAAAAUGCCGCUUCUCAAGACAAUACACCAAUGAUACCAGGCAUAAGUGGAAAAACGGAAGCACAAGUAGCCGAAGAGGCCAAAUGGGAAGCUUAUUACAACGCCGGAAGUGCUGCUCUGAUCGUGCUUUUGAUCCUUGUUGGAGCGGGAACAUGUAUCUUAUUACGGUUAAGGAGAAGAGCACGUUUGCAUCGCAAAUCUUCCGCUCCCUAUCUACCUUCUGAAGAAGAAGGAGGUGAACAUGAGAUGGAGCGUUUCAUUCAAGGCGAUUUGCCAAGCGAUGAUAAUUUAGCCGAAGAAGAUAAUACGACUGCCUACAGCGAUGAUACUUAUCGAUUAGACGCAACUACGGCUUCCAAUACGAGGGCAAAUGGUCGAAGGACAGGCGCUUUACCAGACGACGGAGCAAAUUCAGACGAGAAGGGCAAAGGUAAUGGAAAUUCCAUAGCCGAUCGAGAUGCUGAACAGAUCUUCGAUGUGGGAGAUGAAAGUGAUGAAGACCUUUCAGAAUCUAAAUCGCAUCGAACAGGAGAAGCAGUUCGUUUUGCUUGAGAUGGGGGUUGAUUUAUCAUUGUUUUCUUAAUCUCAAAAUGUAGAAUACUUUAGCAUAAUUAUUUAUCUAUUAUCAAACAUGA